AUGCCUCACGAUUUAAAGAGCCUGGCUGCCAGGAAAGCGUUAAUGGCUCCACUUUCACCAACCCCUUGUGCUGAGAUUAGUGAUGAUGAACUGGUUUCAAUAUCUGUCAGAGAUCUAAAUCGUCAAUUGAAGAUGCGAGGAUUGACACGGGACCAAAUUGUUAGAAUGAAGCAGAGACGUCGCACGUUGAAAAAUCGUGGUUAUGCAGCCUCGUGUCGCAUCAAACGAAUAGAGCAGAAGGAUGAACUUGAGACGGAAAAAAGUCAGGAAUGGCAUGACAUGGAAGCAAUGCAAGACGAAAACAACAGAAUUCGAGAAGAACUUGAAGCAUUAAGGUCUAAAUAUGACGCACUGAAAAGGUUUGCCACCAUGAAGAGAAUUCCUCUCCCGAGUGAUCUUGACACAAUGCCAUAA